AUCACUGAGCUGCUGAGCGGAGAGGUUCCUAUAAGGUGUCAGGAUGUCGCUGUCUAUUUCUCCAUGGAGGAGUGGGAGUAUUUAGAAGGACAAAAGGAUCUGUACAAGGACGUCAUGAUGGAGAAUCACCAGUCCCUCACAUCACCGGAUGAAUCCAGUCAGAGAAAUCCACCAGAGAGAUGUCCCAGUCCUCAGUAUUCCCAGGACUGUCCAGAGGAGAAACCAAAUAUCCCACUGGAUCAUCAGGAAAGUUCUGGUGAAACGACGAGUGAACAUGAAAAACCCAUCUCAGUGUCUGUGAAUGUGGAAGACGGGAUGAGCGACUCCUAUGGACAUCUCCAUUUAUCUUCCCAUCAUGAAGCAGAAGAUAACAAUACCACACAAGAUGAUUUAAUAACUCCUAAUGUACCCUCAGUCCUUCUCAGCAGAGAUCUAUCCACUGAAACCGUUGGUCACAAAAAACCUUCAUUUAAGCAAUUACUGAUUGGUAAAACAAGAACUAAACAGAAAUGUGGGAAAGUUUUUUCUUGUGAGAAACAUUUAAAAAAGAAAUCUAAUCUUUUUUUGCAUAAGAGAAAUCACAGAGAUAGCAAAUCAUUUUCAUGCUCAGAAUGUGGAAAAUCUUUUAGCAUGACAUCCAUUCUUGUUAGACAUCAGAGAACUCACACAGGGGAGAAGCCGUAUUCAUGUCCAGAAUGUGGGAAAGGCUUUCAUCAGCAAUCAUCUCUUCUUUAUCAUCGGAGAGCUCACAAAAGAUUGAAGCCAUUUCCGUGUUCAGAUUGUGGGAAAAGUUUUAGACAGAAAUCAGAUCUUUGUAGACAUAAGAAAACUCACACAGGGGAGAAGCCAUUUUCAUGUGUUGAAUGCGGGAAAUGCUUCAACAGUCAAUCAAAUUUUUUUCGGCAUCAGAGAACUCACACAGGGGAGAAGCCAUUUUCAUGUGUUGAAUGCGGGAAAUGCUUUAGUCGGAAAUCAAAUCUUGUUACACAUCAGAGAACUCACACAGGAGAGAAGCCAUUUGUGUGUUCUGAAUGUGGGAAGUCUUUUGAUGUGAAGUCAUUGCUUAUGCAACAUCAAAGAAUUCACACAGGAGAGAAGCCAUUUUUAUGUUCAGAAUGUGGGAAAUGUUUUAGUCAGAGAUCAAAUCUUGUUAGACAUCAGAGAACUCACUCACGGGUGAAGUCAUGUAUGUGUCUUGAAUGUGGUAAGUAUUUUGGUGUGAAAUCAAUGCUUUUAGAACAUCUAAGAAGUCAUACAGUAGAGAAGCCAUUUUCAGCUUCAGAAUCUGUGAAACCUUUUAGCCAGAAAUCACAUGUUGUAGAACAGGAAAGAGUCCACUUAGAGGAGAAGCCAUUUUCAUGUUCACAAUGUCGUAAAUGCUUUAACAGUCAAACAAGUUUUUUUCGGCAUCAGAGAACUCAUACAGGGGAGAAGCCAUUUUCAUGUCUUGAAUGUGGAAAGUGCUUUAGUCAGAAAUCAAAUCUUGUUGCCCAUCAGAAAACUCACACAGGAGAGAAGCCAUUUAUGUGUCCUGCAUGUGGGAAGUGUUUUAGGGUGAGAUCAAUUCUUAACAAACAUCUAAGAAGUCACACAGGGGAAAAGCCAUUUUCAUGUCUUGAAUGCGGGAAAUGUUUUGGUCAGAAAUCAAAUCUUGUUGCCCAUCAGAAAACUCACACAGGAGAGAAGCCAUUUAUGUGUUCUGAAUGUGGGAAGUGUUAUGGUGUGAAAUCAUUGCUUAUAAAACAUCUAAGAAGUCACACAAGAGAGAAUCCAUUUUAUCCUCAGAAUGCGGGAAACAUUUUAUCCAGAAAUCAAAUCUUGUGAAACAUCUAAGAACCCACUUAGGAGAGAAGCCAUUUUCAUGUCUUGAAUGUGGAAACUGCUUUAGUCAAAAAGGAAAUCUUGUUACACAUCAGAGAACUCACACAGGAGAGAAGACAUUUUCACGUUAAGAAUAUGGGAAGUCGUUUAUUCAGAAAUCAAGUCUUGCUAAACAUCAGAGAAUUCACUUACAAAAGAAGCCAUUGUAAUGUUCAGAUUGUAAGACAUGUGAGAGAUGUGGAGCUUCAUUGUGGGACCUGCUGCCUAAUCAUGUCUUCUGUAUAACUUAAAGGGAGUCUGUCACCAAAAUAUGACGUUAUACACCACUUACAUGGCUCUCUAGCACAUAUAUCCAUGAUUCAAAUGGUACCUUUGUAAUUUUCUUCUGACUUUCACAGCAGGAAAAACGCAGUUUAAUCCAUAUGUAAAUGAGGGGUCGCAAGUGCCCAGGGGCGGCGUUCGGUGUGUAGGAGCCCAGGCGGCUCUGCCUUCUUUUUACAUUACUCCUCCCCAGCCUCUUCCUUGGCCCACCCUGCAAGUCCCUUGCGUCAUCCACAGGACCGGCCAAUAUCCCUUGUGUGUGCAGUGCACCGCCGGCAUGCCAGCACCGGCGAGAAACCAGUGACUAGGGGGCAGUCCGGAAGCAAGCAGGAGGACUAGAGGCCGACGCUGCGCACAAUAUCGUCCGGUCCUGUGGAUGAUGCAAGGGAUUUGCGGGGCGGACCAAGGAAGAGGCUGAGGAGGAGUAAUGUAAAAAGAAGGCAGAGCAGCUACUCAGCCAAUAAACAUGCGGGGAAGUACUGGCGCUCCCUGUAAUGCCGUAGCCAUGUUGGUUACUGGCAUUACAGGGAUUGGCUGUCCGGAACGCUUCGCACCCGAUGAUACGUGGUUUGGCUCAGUCUUAGGGCGAGCUGCAGCAGAAGGGACAGAUAGUGUAGGGACAUGAUUUUUUUUUUUUUAGGUAGGGUUUA